UCAUCAGAGGGUGUUUCCCUCCCGCUGGGCAACUCCAAAGACUUCAUCCUCAGCCUGGACAUCAAGUUCGUGUCUAACGGCAGCGUGUCGGUCGUCCUGGAGACCACGGAGAAGGGCGCCCCCUUCACCAUCCACUACGUGACCAGCACGCAGCUCAUCGCCUUCAGGGAGCGGGACGUGACCUACGGCGUGGGGCCGCGCGGCGCCUGGAGCACGCUGACCCGGGACCUCCUCACCGACCUGAGGAAGGGAGUCGGCCUGUCCAACACCAAGGCGGUCAAAGCCACGAAGAUCAUGCCCCGGCGGGUGGUGCGCCUGGUGCUCCGCGGGCGCGGUUUCCUGGACAACGUGACGGUCUCCACCACCGCGCACAUGGCCGCCUUCUUCGCCGCCAGCGACUGGCUGCUGCGCAACCAGGACGAGCGCGGGGGCUGGCCCAUCAUGGUCACCCGCAAGCUGGGCGAGGGCUUCCGGCCCCUGGAGCCCGGCUGGUACUCGGCCAUGGCCCAGGGCCAGGCCAUGUCCACCCUGGUGCGGGCCUACCUGCUCACCAAGAACCAGGCCUACCUGGGCGCCGCGCUGAAGGCGCUCUUCGCCCGCGGCAUGGAGUCCCUGAAGGCCAUGCUGCCGCUCUACGACACGGGCUCCGGCAGCAUCUACGACCUGCGGCACUUCGUGCUGGGCUCCGCCCCCAACCUGGCGCGCUGGGACUACCACACCACGCACAUCAACCAGCUGCAGCUGCUGGCCUCCAUCGACGGCGCGCCCGUCUUCAGGGACGCCGUCAAGCGCUGGAAGAACUACCUGAAGGGGAUCCGGGCCAAGCACAACUAG